CCCCCUGACCCCCGACCCCCGCUGGCCGGCCCCCCGCCCCAGCCCCGGAGGGAGCUCAUGGGAGUAUGAAGGAGAUGGUAGGAGGCUGCUGCGUAUGUUCGGACGAGAGGGGCUGGGCCGAGAACCCGCUGGUCUACUGUGAUGGGCACGCGUGCAGCGUGGCUGUCCACCAAGCUUGCUAUGGCAUCGUCCAGGUGCCAACUGGACCCUGGUUCUGCCGGAAAUGUGAAUCUCAGGAGCGAGCAGCCAGGGUGAGGUGUGAGCUGUGCCCACACAAAGAUGGGGCAUUGAAGAGGACUGACAAUGGAGGCUGGGCCCACGUGGUGUGUGCCCUCUACAUCCCUGAGGUGCAGUUUGCCAACGUGCUCACCAUGGAGCCCAUCGUGCUGCAGUAUGUGCCUCAUGAUCGCUUCAACAAGACAUGUUACAUCUGUGAGGAGCAGGGCCGGGAGAGCAAGGCAGCCUCAGGAGCCUGCAUGACCUGUAACCGCCAUGGAUGUCGACAAGCUUUCCAUGUCACCUGUGCCCAAAUGGCAGGCCUGCUGUGUGAGGAAGAAGUACUGGAGGUUGACAAUGUCAAGUACUGCGGCUACUGCAAAUACCACUUUAGCAAGAUGAAGACAUCCCGGCACACCAGCGGGGGAGGGGGAGGAGGAGGAGGCGGCACAGGGGGAGGGGGAGGAGGAGGAGGCGGCACAGGGGGAGGUGGCAGUGGCUUCAUCGCUGGCAGGAGAAGCCGAUCAGCCUCACCAUCCACCCAGCAGGAGAAGCACCCUUCCCACCACGACAGGGGCCAGAAGAAGAGUCGAAAGGACAAAGAACGCCUUAAACAGAAGCACAAGAAGCGGCCUGAGUCACCCCCCAGCAUCCUCACCCCGCCUGUGGUCCCCACUGCUGACAAGGUCUCCUCCUCAGCUUCCUCCUCUUCCCACCACGAGGCCAGCACUCAGGAGACCUCGGAAAGCAGCAGGGACUCAAAGGGGAAAAAGUCUUCCAGCCACAGCCUGAGUCACAAGGGGAAGAAGCUGAGCAGCGGCAAAGGUGUGAGCGGUCUCACCUCUGCCUCCUCCUCCUCCUCCUCCUCCUCCUCUUCCUCCUCCUCUGGGGGGCCCUUCCAGCCUGCAGUCUCAUCCCUGCAGAGCUCCCCUGACUUCUCUGCAUUCCCCAAGCUGGAGCAGCCAGAGGAGGACAAAUACUCCAAGCCCACAGCCCCUGCCCCUUCAGCCCCUCCCUCUCCCUCAGCCCCUGAGCCCCCCAAGGCUGACCUCUUUGAACAGAAGGUGGUCUUCUCUGGCUUUGGGCCCAUUAUGCGCUUCUCCACCACCACCUCCAGCUCAGGCCGGGUCCGGGCCCCAUCCCCUGGGGACUGUAAGUCUUCCCACGUGUCGGGGUCUGGGGCUUCAUCCGGUACCCACAAGCGGAUGCCCACACUGAGCGCUGCUCCAGUGCCUGUUGAAGAGACCCCUGAGACAGGCCUGAAGGAGAAGAAGCACAAAGCCAGCAAGAGGAGCCGACAUGGGCCGGGCCGGCCUAAGGGCAGCCGGAACAAGGAGGGCACUGGGGGUCCAGCUGCUUCCUCCCUGCCCAGUGCCCAGCUGGCUGGCUUUACCGCCACUGCUGCCUCACCCUUCUCUGGUGGUUCCCUGGUCAGCUCUGGCCUGGGUGGUCUGGCCUCCCGCACCUUUGGGCCUUCUGCAAGCCUGCCCAGCCUAAGCCUGGAGUCCCCCCUUCUGGGGGCAGGCAUCUACACCAGUAACAAGGACCCCAUCUCCCACGGUGGCGGAAUGCUGCGGGCUGUCUGCAGCACUCCCCUUUCCUCCAGCUUGCUGGGGCCCCCAGGGACCUCGGCCUUGCCCCGCCUCAGCCGCUCCCCAUUCACCAGCACCCUUCCCUCCUCCUCUGCUUCUAUCUCCACCACUCAGGUGUUUUCUCUGGCUGGCUCUACCUUUAGCCUCCCUUCUACCCACAUCUUUGGAACCCCCAUGGGUACUGUUAAUCCCCUCCUCACCCAAGUCGAGAGCAGCCACACAGAGCCAGACCUGGAGGACUGCAGCUUCCGGUGUCGGGGGACCUCCCCCCAGGAGAGUCUGUCUUCCAUGUCCCCCAUAAGCAGCCUUCCUGCACUCUUCGACCAGACAGCGUCCGCACCCUGCGGGGGCGGCCAAUUAGACCCAGUGGCCCCCGGAACGACUAACAUGGAGCAGCUUUUAGAGAAGCAGGGCGACGGCGAGGCCGGCGUCAACAUAGUGGAGAUGCUGAAGGCACUGCACGCGCUGCAGAAGGAAAACCAGAGGCUUCAGGAGCAGAUUCUGAGCCUGACGGCCAAGAAGGAGCGACUACAGAUUCUCAACGUGCAGCUCUCUGUGCCCUUCCCUGCCCUGCCUGCUGCCUUGCCUGCUGCCAACGGCCCUGUCCCUGGGCCCUAUGGCCUGCCUCCUCAAGCCGGCAGCACCGAUUCCUUGAGCACCAGCAAGAGCCCUCCAGGGAAGAACAGUCUGGGCCUGGACAACUCUCUGUCCACAUCUUCCGAGGACCCACACUCAGGCUGCCCAAGCCGCAGCAGCUCGUCGCUGUCCUUCCACAGCACGCCCCCACCGCUGCCCCUGCUCCAGCAGAGCCCUGCUACUCUGCCUCUGGCCCUGCCUGGGGCCCCUGCCCCGCUCCCACCCCAGCCACAAAAUGGACUGGGCCGGGCACCCGGGGCAGCGGGGCUGGGGGCCAUGCCCAUGGCUGAGGGGCUGUUGGGAGGACUUGCGGGCAGCGGGGCCCUGCCCCUCAAUGGGCUCUUGGGGGGGUUGAAUGGGGCUGCUGCCCCCAACCCUGCCGGCUUGAGCCAGGCUGGCGGGGCCCCCACGCUGCAGCUGCCAGGUUGUCUUAACAGCCUGACCGAGCAGCAACGACACCUCCUGCAGCAGCACGAGCAGCAGCUCCAGCAGCUCCAGCAGCUCCUGGCAUCCCCGCAGCUGACGCCGGAACACCAGACCGUUGUAUACCAGAUGAUCCAGCAGGUCCAGCAGAAGCGGGAGCUACAGCGGCUGCAGAUGGCUGGAGGCUCCCAGCUGCCCAUGGCCAGCCUACUGGCAGGAAGCUCCACCCCACUGCUGUCCGCGGGCACCCCUGGCCUGCUGCCCACAGCAUCAGCCCCACCCCUGCUGCCCGCUGGAGCCCUGGUGGCUCCCUCACUCAGCAACAAUACAAGUCUCAUGGCCGCAGCAGCUGCAGCUGCAGCAGUAGCAGCAGCCGGAGGGCCUCCAGUCCUCACCGCCCAGACCAACCCUUUCCUCAGCCUGUCGGGGGCGGACGGCAGUGGCAGUGGUCCCAAAGGAGGGACCGCUGACAAAGGAGCCUCAGCCAACCAGGAAAAAGGCUAAAUACACACAUGCCCCUCCUGACUCCCCAAGUGGAGGGGGCAGAUCCUGGCCUGAGGGGUCCUAGCCUGGAACAGGCACCUGCACCCAGACACUGGAGAGCCCCAGCCCAGGUCGUGUACUGAGGCCCAGGGAGUGUGGGGCACUCCUGGCGCUGAGGACUGAAACCGAGAGUGGACUCCCUUCCACUGGCUCCCUUCCCCCUUUACGCUGCCCCUUUGUGAGGGGCACAGAGGGAGGACAGGCUCCAUGCCCACCCAGGAGACCCCACUCUCAGCAGAUGUUCUGAGGUCUCCCAGAGAGCAGGGUGGGCCGUGGCAUAGGUGGGAGGUCGGUUGGACCCGCCAUAUAAAAUGGGUCAGCACUUGAGUGAGGUGAGAUGGGGGUUAGGCCCUGGGCCACCCCUGUGUGGAAACAGAAGGAGGGGUGGCCCUACUUUACCUGCUCUUCCUUCCCAACUUAGGCAGAUGGCAGGAGGGGGAUUCCCUUGGACAGUUUCUUGCCAGUUCUCUUUUCGCCCCCAUCACCAAACAAGGGUCACAAGCUGAGCUUGGAAAAACCCAUAGACUAGGGGGCUGAGGAAGGGGCAGGAUGGCAUCAAACUUGGCCCAAGCCUUCCCACCUCUCGGGGCGCCCCCCAGUGAUGUGUUGGGGGAGGGCAGGGGAGGCAGCCAGCCCCUUGGCGUCCUGCCCCUUGUUUGCACUAUUGGACUUAGGAGUGCCGAGGGUGGGGAGAUGCAGCUGCCUGACUCAGAGUGCGUGUGCGUGUGUGCGUUUGUGUUUCUGUCUUUCCCCGCCCCCCGCACCCCCCUCCCGCCGCACCUGGGGCAGCAGAGGGCAGGGAUAGGAGCAGUGCUCAAGUGUGGCAGCACCAGGGGGAACUCCCAACUCUUGCUUGCACCCUCCCCACCUCACCAACAUUUGUCCCUUUCUGGGGCACGAAUGGUUAACAAAACCAGCCAGUACUCCAAUAUUGGAGAGUAACCAGGGGCUGGGGGCUUUGAAUCAGGGUAAUAUCCUGCCUUCCCUUUCCCAGACCUCACAUGGUCUCUGUCCCCUCAGAGCUCCUUUCCCCUACUGAUAGUUGGUCCUGCUCCCUGGCACAAGGGGAGCCCCAGGGAUUGGGGGACGGAGCAAGGGAGGAUAAAGUGCCACUUCCUUUAGUAAAACCUCCUCCCUAGCAAAAUUAGCGUGCCUGCUUCCCCACAUUCUACCCCACCCCCACCAACAACCAGGGGAGACUUAAGCUUAAACUGACCUAACAACCGCCCCUUCUACCAGCUAUUUCCCUGGGGUGUCAUGGACAAGUGCCACCUUAAAGAGCCCCUACCUGCUCAGACAGAGCGUUUGGUGGCAGAGGCAGGGCGAGGGGCCAGUGGGACAGCCAGGGGAGGGGCCGAGCUGCAGCCUGUGUCUGCAUUUCCGCUGCCCUGGGUUGGAGCGGGGAGAACGUGUGUCCAGCUUUCCCUGAGGCUCCUAUCUUGUCAGAGUCUUUGCAUGUGUGGAUUUUUUGUGUGUGUUUCUGUUUGGGUUUUUGUUGGUGGUGGUUUUUUUUUUUGAAAUAAAGAAAAGAAGAUGUGUAUAUUUUUGGCAACGACAGAAACGUAGUGCAGAUAUAUUUUUGCCUGUGCUGCUCAACCAGUUUUUUUCUGAUACUGAAAAUAAUAUUAAUAUUCCUGUUGAUAAGACUUUGUAAGAUGUUAGGGAGCUGAUAAUGGAUGGGUGGGUGGAACUUCAGAAGCAAUUUCUUAGGCACUUGUAAGGGCUUGGGGGGAGGGGGAGGCAGUUGCGAUGACCUCAGAAAUACUCACUUUUUAUUAAUGCUAAAUAUCAGAAAGAAUUGAUAGAAUUCAGCAUUUUGUUCAUCUUUAUCUGUUAAGCUCUGUAACUCCGUGUCCCCAAACCGAAAAGAAAAAAAUAACCUUCAGAGAUUCAUGAAAGUGUUGCUCAUUCACACCCAUACCCUGCUCUAAGCUUUUGGUGGUGGAGAGAGAGAGGUCCAAAUGAUUUAGUGCACUGGAACCAAGACCUCCCCCUUCCCUCCCAGCACCCAGGAGUCUGGGGUUCUCAUCUCCAAGAGUAUGUUUUCCAGAUUUUCCCAGGCUGGGGUGCAGUGGCAGGUAGUCAGGUUAGAUUUGAAGAAGGGACCCAGGCUGGGUAUGGAUUGGUGCUGUCCCUCCAUUUGGGGUAGGGUGGGGGUGGGGGCAUGAAAGAGGCAGUGCAUUUCCUUCUUCUGAGGGAGUUUUGUAAUAGGACAGGUCUGGCGAUCUUCACGAGGGAGCCAGGGUCCCAAUGUAGGGGGUGGGGGAGAUGGCUAUACUGACUUCCCCUCCUUUCCCAGCCUUGGCCCCUUUCCCCAGGAUGAAUUGCAGUGGGGACUGGCAAGGAUACUGAUCUAUAGAUCUCACAGUCUAGGGGAGGGGGAAGGAUGUGGGUUGCAGGGCGGAAGUGGAGUUUGAAAAUGCAUGAGAGGAGCUGUGUGUGUCUUCACCCUCCACAUGGAGGUGUGAGCAGAGUGUGCAUGCAGAGCCCUAUCUGGCCUUGAGGUCAGGACCAGCACUUAAGUGUUGGAGCUGGGAGGGACCUGUCUUUAGGGGUCUUUUGAGCCAGUUCCUUCUUCACAGGUGAUAGCUCCAAGCCGAGGAGGGGCAGAGGCUCCGGGUGAAGCCAGGACCAGCCCUCAGAACCCUGGCUUCCUGGUCCUGGGCUCUUCUGCCCCACUUUACCACUUUCAUGUGGCUGUCCUGCCCCUGUGUGUGUGAUGUGUGGUGUGAGUGUAGGGCCGUGCCCAGGGUGAGAGGGUAUCUAUGUAGCACUGAUUGUCUUAGCUCAGAGCUGAUGGAUCCUCUCCAUAGACAAUGACACUUUAAAGGUUGCUUUUUUUUU